GGGCAGAUCAAAGCGAGUCAUCUCUGCAAGGUUCUCCUCCUCAUGCACGUAGAUCACUCCCUCAUUCCGUGCCAAAUGCUUGUAAUCGUCACCACAGGGCUGAAACAGAUUGCCGGGCCAGCGAUCGCCAAGCAGCUUCGAGAAAUCUUGUCGAAAACAAGGGAAAAAGCGUCGUACUGCUUGCGUGGCUUCUCGCCAACGGAGAAAAGAUCGUCUGGAGAUUACAUAUGUUUCUGCGGGUUUGUGCAGUCCAGCCACUGGAGGAAUUCCGUGCCUCCCCAUAGGGAGAUUGCCAUUUCGUUGUACAGGCUUUGAGAUGGCGUAUGUCUAACACAAGCCUGCUUGGAUCAGAUGAGACGGUGCCGAUGUGGGACCUUGUAGGGGUCAUAUAUAAAGAUCGUGUCCCCAAGAUGUGAUCUCAUCUGUGUUCAGAUUCCCAGGCGCACAUCACAAUACAACAUGACUUUCGACAAGGAGAAGCCAUCGAGCGAGGAAUGCGAAUUCGCUGACUCACCAGAAGAGUAUGCCCAGCUACGACGUGUCUGUGACGAUAUCUCAGUGGAUGUUUUCCUCGUGGCCGUGGCCGAACUGGCAGAGCGGUUCACCUACCGCUCCAUAACGGCCCCUAUGCAAAACUAUAUCCAGAACCCUCGUGAAGAUCCUUUCCGUCCAGGGGCGCUAGGCAUGGGCCAAACAGCUGCCACUGGGAUCAACUAUUUCUUUGUAUGCUGGUGCUACAUGGCACCCAUUCUGGGUGCCGUUGUGGCAGACACCUUCCUCGGGAGAUUCAAGACCAUCGUACUGGCCACUGGUUUUGCCGCAUCGGGGGUAAUGACUCUGUUCGUCACGUCACUGCCGGGUAGUCUCGAUCGUGGAGCUGGCAUGCCCGGCUUGAUGAUUGCAUUGAUACUGGUUGGAUUAGGUGUUGGCGGGAUCAAGAGUAAUGUUGCGCCGCUCAUUGCUGAGCAAUAUGGUGCACGGCCUGAGCGUGUCAAGACGCUACCUAGUGGAGAAAGGGUAGUGGUGGAUCCAAGUAUCACGGUCCAGACGAUCUAUGCCCGUUACUUCUGGGUGAUCAACCUUGGUGGGCUCUCCGUCAUUCCAGUAUCGUGGCUUGAGCUCAAGGUGGAUUUCUGGGCGGCUUUUAUGCUCCCUCUCUGUUUCUGGGUCUUGGCUAUGGUUGCUCUGAUUGCUGGGCGUACGAGAUAUGUUGUUCGCCCGCCCCAAGGAUCAGCCAUCACGACCGCCAUCCGCGUCCUCUGGAUCAGCAUAAGAAACGGAGGAAAGCUCGAUGCCGCUAGACCUUAUGUCUUAGAGAAAAAUGGAACUCCUGUCCCGUGGGACGAUGUCUUUGUGGACGAAUUGAAACGCGCUCUGGUAGCGUGCCGGGUGUUUCCCAUCUUCUGGCUCUGUAACGGUCAGGCCACGAGCAACCUAGUCAGCCAAGCGAUGUCGAUGAACACCCAUGGCGUCCCAAACGACAUGAUGGGUUUCUGCAAUCCCGCCACGAUUCUCAUCGCGGUUCCACUCUUCGAAACGGUCAUCUUUCCGACGCUUCGUCGGUUCAACAUCCGAUUCAAGCCCAUCAGCCGUAUGACGACGGGGUUCUUCAUCAAGGCCUGUGCCAUCGCAUACGCAGCCAUCCUCCAGGAGCUCAUUUAUAAAGCAUCCCCCUGUCAACGCAGUCCCGAAAUAGAGGGCUGUGGGGAGACCCGCCGCGGCGAGAAAAUCAGCAUCUUUCUGCAGGUGCCGGUGUAUUCCAUGAUCGGCCUAUCUGAGUUCUUUGCCGUCUUGUCCGGCAUGGAAUACGCAUACACCAAAGCGCCGCAGUCGAUGCGAAGUAUCGUCUCCGCCUUGUUCCUGCUCAUGUCCGCUAUCGGAGCCGCCCUGGGCAUCACGCUCUCCCCAGUCUCGGUCGACCCCACAGUGUUGAUAGAGUUCAUCUCCCUGAGCGCGGUUAUGUUCGUCACGGCGAUCGCCUUCUUCCUCUGCUUCCGGCGCUACAACCGCGCGGAAGAAGAGAUGAAUCAACUCAAAGAGCCGCGGAGCUCAAGCGAGACAGACGAAUCCAGUCGGUUAGAGAGGCAAUAG